AUGCGCAACUACAUGGCAGCAGGGUGGUUCUAUUCACCCAAGCAAAUUGGGCGUUAUAUCCUCACGCGACCUACCAGCCUGAAGCCGCCCAGGACUCGAUUGCGAAAUCCAUACCACAUUCUCAAAGAGCUUGACAAACACCAAUGGCUCAUGUUUCUUGCAGGCUUCCUAGGAUGGACAUGGGAUGCUUUUGAUUUCUUCACCGUGUCACUUACCAUUACUGAAAUUGCGAAGGACUUUGGUGUGCAAAACUCCGAAGUCUCAUGGGGUCUCACCGUUACACUAAUGUUGCGCUCGGUGGGUGCCCUGAUAUUCGGUACUGUGUCUGAUAGAUAUGGACGAAAAUGGCCGAUGAUCAUCAACUUGGGUCUCUUCAUCAUUUUGGAGUUGGCUUCUGGUUUCUGUCAUACUCUACCACAAUUUCUCGGUGUUCGCUCUCUCUACGGCAUUGCUAUGGGCGGUCUCUUUGGUCCCGCUGCAGCAACAGCUCUGGAGGACUUACCCUAUGACGCUCGUGGACUCCUUUCCGGCCUCUUUGAGCAGGGAUAUGCAACUGGAUAUUUGCUGGCAUCGAUAUUCUACCGUGCCCUUGUUCCAACAACUUCCCAUGGUUGGCGAUCGCUCUUCUGGUUCGGCGCCGCACCCCCGGUCUUCAUCAUUGCCUUCCGCUGGUGGCUUCCGGAAACAAAUGCAUUUCAAGUCAUGGCUGCCGAGCGAGAGGCGCAACUCAUUGCCGAAAAAGAGAGUGCAGGACAAACCCACGUCAAAGCAGCAGCUUUCAAAGCCUGGAUCAGAGCUUCUGGCACCGCAAUCGCACAAAACUGGGUGUUAUUCAUUUAUCUCGUGAUCUUGAUGACCGGAUUUAACUCUUGCAGCCAUGGCAGUCAAGAUUUCUACCCUACAUUCCUCAAACAACAGGUCCUGCUUGGCCCAACGGAUGUCACCGUCAUCAGUGUAGUCGGUCAGAUUGGUGCGCUUAUUGGUGGAACCACCUUGGGCUACGUCAGCACCUUUUUUGGCCGUAGACUUACUAUGCUGGUUACUUGCUUUGUCGGCGGGGCUCUGGUGCCCGCAUAUAUCAUACCGCGAGAUAUGAGUCUCGUGGCGUCCGCCUUUUUCUUACAAUGGUGUGUCGGAGGAAUCUGGGGGCCCAUUCCAAUACAUCUGAUGGAAUUGGCCCCGGAGGCUCUCAGAACUACAGCGGUUGGAUUCACCUAUCAACUUGGAAAUCUUGCAUCUUCUGCCUCUGCCACGAUUCAAUCGGUGGUCGGCGAGAGAUACCCAUUGCCACCCUACAACGGAAUCGAAAGGUUUGAUUAUGGCAAAGUCAUUGCUAUUUUUAUGGGCGCCGUUUGGGCUUAUCAAGCCCUCUUCCUCUUUCUGGGGCCGGAGAUGAGUGAAGCUGAACGAGCCGAAUACGCCGCGCAAGCAAAUGAGCUCGAAAGAUUGCGCAAGCAAGGCGUAGGCUUGAAAGAUAUUGGAGUCGAAAGAGUCAGAACAAAGCAGUCCGGCAGGGAGGAACCAGUUAUCACCGAAAAGCCGACCGCAAGCGAACGCCUUGAAAGUUCUUAG